CCUUGCCCAGGCCGGAGAGGAAACAGAGGCGGGAACACACUAUGGCACUGGCCGCGCCGCCGUCCAACGAUCGCAAGCGCGUCAAGGUCUACGAGCUCAAGAACAACGACUGGUUUGAUCGCGGCACCGGCUUCUGUAAAGGCAUCGUCCAAAACGAUGAGGCACGAAUACUAGUUGCCUCCGAGGACGACGCCAACCGCCAACUCCUCGAGACCAAGAUAUCGAAGGACGAUGGAUACCAGAAACAGCAAGACACGUUGAUAGUCUGGACGGAACAAAAUGGGACGGAUAUGGCGCUGAGCUUCCAAGAAGCGGAGGGUUGUGCGGCGAUAUGGGAAUUCGUCAGCGAGAUUCAGCACCGGUUACAACAACUCGCAGGUCCAGAUGACGGUCUCUCAGACGAUGUGAUGGAUAACGUAAACUCCAUCAUGCUACCAAAUCCGGAACUAGGCAAUUUACAAGAGUCGGAAAACCACAUGCGCAUGGCCAACAACACUCCGGCCGGCCGCGAUGCCUUGGGCAAGUUCGUGAUUGGCACCGGCUACAUUCAGAAGCUCAUACCUUUGGUGGAAAUUGCGGAGGACCUUGAGAGCCUUCCAGACCUGCACAAGCUGUGCAAUAUCAUGAAGCUGCUAAUACUUCUCAACGAUACUCAGAUCAUUGAGUUCGUUGUCACCGACGACGUUAUAUUGGGCGUCGUGGGUGCAUUGGAGUAUGAUCCGGACUUUCCAUGUCACAAAGCGAACCACAGGCAAUAUCUCUCGGACGAAUCCAAAUUUAAGGAAGUGGUGAAGAUCGAAGAUCUGGACGUCAAAAAGAAGAUACACUACACAUACCGGCUCCAGUACCUAAAGGACGUGGUCCUUGCUCGCAUUCUCGACGACCCCACCUUUUCAGUCCUCAACUCCCUCAUAUUCUUUCACCAAGUAGAUAUUGUUCAGCAUCUCCAGGCAAACGGCGCAUUCUUGAAGGAGUUAUUCGGCAUUUUCGGCGCGGACGAACCAAAUUACCAACGGAAAAAGGACGGUGUCCUGUUCAUACAACAGUGCUGCGCGGUUGCAAAGAGCCUGCAGGCAAAUGCACGAGCGACUCUCUUCCAGAACUUCAUCAGCAACGGCCUUUUGGACGUAAUUCAAUUCUCAUUGAAGCAUCGGGAUGCUUCGGUACGAGUCGCCGGAACAGACAUAUUAGUAGCUCUCAUCGACCACGAUGCUUUGAUGGUACGAGGUUACAUCUUCAAGGCCAUCAACGAGAAAGCGAAGCCUCUCACGGAUACCCUGAUUGAGCUUCUUUUGGUAGAAGUGGAUCUCGGAGUAAAGGCGCAGAUGGCAGAUGCGAUCAAGAUUCUACUCGACCCUAACGCGAACUCGGCUUCUCUAGAAGCAAUUGGGCGUACCAACAGCGACUUUUUGGCUAAAGUUCGAGGUUCCCUGGCGCCGCAAGCACCUCAAACGGAGGGUUUCAUCCAAUCGUUCUACGACGAAUCUGCUAAAAAGCUCUUCCAGCCCCUGAAGAAUUUGGAGGGUAGGAAAUCUAUGGACGAUCUCACUAUUCAGGAGGUGUCUCUAUAUUCACACCUCGUAGAGAUAUUAUGCUUCUUCAUCCGCCAGCAUGCCUACCGAAGCAAAUACUUUCUUCUUACUGAGGGGCUUGCAAGUCGAGUGGGCCAGCUUAUGUCAUGUCCUGAGAAGCAUCUCAAGCUUACGGCGCUCAAAUACUUUCGAACUUGCAUCGGCCUUCACGACGACUUCCACAACCGGCAGGUCGUUCAGCACAAUCUCUUCGAUCCUAUCCUGAACAUCUUAUUCGAAACUAUGCCGCGUGACAACCUCCUGAACUCCGCUUGCCUCGAACUUUUCGAGUUCAUAAAGCGUGAAAACCUGAAGACUCUGAUUGUCCAUCUUGUCGAAACUUAUCGAGAGAAGUUACAGGCGAUUACAUAUGUCGACACUUUCCAAAGUCUGAUUCUCCGCUAUGAUCAGCUGCACGAGCCACCGACUACACAGGAACUUGAUCAUUCUUUCACUACCCAGGAAGGUGACACGCCAAUCAGAAACGGUGCUGUCAAUGGUGGACGUUGGAACGGCCUAAAGGAACCAGACCAGGAUGAGGAGAACUACUUCAAUGGCUCGGACAACGAGGAUGAGGAGGACGUGCUUUCCGCCGCAGUCAAGCCAGUCACAAACGGCGCAUCACCUGUCCACGGGGCAUCCCCCAUCCGACCGUUAGUCAACUAUCCCGACGAUGACGCCGAUGACGAUAUGGAUAUCCUCACUACUAGCGUGUCUCCAUCCCCGGUCAAGAAGUCUGCAUCCAUGCAAGCUGCUGAGCCGGAGGGACCUACAAAGGGUCCAGCAGCCAGGGACGAGACACCUCAACCUUCUUCACCCGUCGUCAGUCCACCAGAAAGAUUAUCAGAAAAGCGUCGCCGAGAAGAAGACGAAGAGGACGAGCUUGCCAAGCUCACAACAAAUAGCUCCAAGCGCCGCUCAUCAAUCAGCAGCAACUCGAGCGCAACAAGCACCGGACCAACGCACGGCCACAUGCUACGAAGGAAGAAGUCCAUCAACUCCGGCAAAGACGGCGGGCCCAAGAAAAUCUCCAUUGCCAUCGGUGUGAAGAGCGGCGGUGGCGACAACGCUGGCGGUGACAACGAAUGAGCAUAGCAAACGGUCAAUGGUUUCAGCGCGAGAGAUACCCCCUACCUUGAAAGCUGAGAUGAAGUGUACGAAAUGCGGCGUAAAGUGUGUAACGGGAAGCGGCAUGCGGGGACAAGGCGUUUUUGCAUGAACGAGUGGAUCGACUCAUUGGGCAACGGGAACAUCUGGGGACAGAGUCGGGAGCUUCUUUUUUUGGUUGUCGAAUUGCCAGCGUGGCAGCAAGCUAUAUGUGUUUCUUGGGCCAGUUUUUGGCGCCUUCUGCCGUCGGUGUUUAGUGCGGCGAGGAUUGUAUUAUAGACACCCUCUUAGGAGGGGCGGAGAAUGGGGUUGUGGAUGUUGAGGCUGGCUGGCUUAUCUGGCUGGCUGACCAUUUGGCGGCGAACUGGGUG